UUGAUCUAUCUUUUUACCCUUGAUUGUCAGUUUGCAUCUUCUCUCUGCUUUUCGUUUUUCGCCAUGGGAACUCCUUUGAAGUGUUUUCAGUGCGGGGGGGAGGGCCAUUUCGUGAGGGAAUGCCCUAGUAGUAGGAACACAAACGGGGGCAAUGCUGGUAUUGGCAAUAGUGCAUCAGCUCCGUCGACCCCUAAGUAUUGGACGCCUCGGAGGAACGUUGGCGACGACCAGGAAGAAAAGGAGUUCCUGCGGGAACUUGUUAAUGAAAGGAGGGAGGAGAAGGCGAGAAAGAAAGAGUUGGAGGACCAGAAGAGGUUUGACGAGCGACUUAGGAUUGAGAUGGCGAAGUUUUAUGAGGCCACGAAAGCGGAGGUGAUGGCGGCAGUCGGUAGACAGUAUCUCACCGCGAACGAGGAGGCGAGGAGAGAGGAACAACGGCGGGGGUGGUCCCCUCCUCCGAGGAGGAGAGAAGAUUUCAGAAGUCGCGAUGAAUCUGAUAUGGAUGUCGACGAUUUGGAAGCAGAGAUUCGGCGCCUCGCUGCUCUCCGUGAUAGGAAGCGCAAAGGGAAGGAGGCAGUUCGACCGGAGGGGAAUUUCAGACAGCCGUCGUUUAUGGCGAAUGAGGGAACUGAUGGUUCUAAGAGGGAGAGAGAAAAGGGUGAAUUCUCCUCCCAAGGAGGAGAAAGGAGGAAGAAGAAGAUCCCCGCUGGCUUAGGUCCGGAGGGUCUGCUACAGUUCGUGCUCGAUCAGAAGAGAGAGCUGUCCGGAUUAAAGCAGGAUGAACUCAAGAGAAUUUGCUCACGGGAAGGACUGAGGUAUUGCACAAAGGGGCCUUCCAUUGAUCAGAUAAUCGAAGCCAGAACGAAGCUCGCAUAUGAAAGCUUUGUCUUUUCACCUGCUCCAUCUGCCCCAGGGUCGCCAGAGGUAGACCAGGCACCUUCCGAAUGACUACACAUGGCGAAAUCAAGUGGGCUUCGAAGU